CUAAAAUAUAAAGUGAUCUGUCUCAGCAGAUUAUGUUGGCAGUACACGGUUGCCGCUUACCUAAGUGGAUGGUUCUGCAAUAAUAAAACAAGGCGAGCUAAAAAGGGCGCUAUUUUGUUUUACUUACAAUACAUGCAGUAUACACACAGUAAUAUAAAUUGACUUGUCAGCUCCUUCUCCAAAAGGGUUCGGACACAAAGAAGAAAAGUGUUGUCCAUUUAUAUAAGCGACUGGAUUUCGAGAAGAACUCUUGCAAGUUUGCAAAUUGGGAUUCAGAAUGCAUUCUUAUUAUUUUUUUAUAUAAACAAGUUUGGUGGCUCAUUGAGGAAUAUCCCAUCCUGGAGUUCCAGUGAAAUUCGACAGACCGGGAUUUAGUUUUCCUUCUUGGUUGUUUUUUUUAUGCCCCCAUAUAUAUUUCCUGGACAGACCUCCUGUUCUGGGACUCUGGUCAGUUCAAGGUGCGAGUGUAGCGCCAUGGUAACCCACAGUAAGUUUGACACCGCGAUGAGCUGCAGCCCCUUUGACGCUAGCCCGCGGCUGCCUCCUCACCGCUUCAAGACCUUCAGCUCCAAGCACGAGUACCAGCUGGUGAUCACCGCCAUUCGGAAGCUGCAGGAGAGCGGCUUCUACUGGAGCACGGUGAAUGGGAAGGAGGCCAACAGCCUGCUCAGCUCCGAACCCCCUGGCACAUUCUUGAUACGGGACAGCUCGGACAACCGCCACUUCUUCACCCUCAGCGUCAAAACUGACUCCGGGACCAAAAACCUGCGCAUUCAGUGCGACAGCUACUUCUUUUUCCUACAGACUGACCCCAAAAGCAUGCAGCCAGCGCCCCGUUUUGACUGUGUCUUGAAACUGAUCCACCAUUACAUGCCUUCCAAAGUCUCUGCGGCGUCUGCUGGGAACGGGAAGAGCAGUUACUUUAUUUACUCCAGUGGAGAAAAAAUUCCCCUCGAGCUACUCAGACCCUUGUCCUCAAGCGUUUCCACUCUGCAGCACCUCUGUCGCAAGACUGUCAACGGACAUCUAGAGGUUUCUAGUAAACUGGACCAGCUGCCUCAUACGCUAAAGGAGUUCCUCCAGGAGUACGACGCUCCAGUAUGAAGACCCUCGCUGUGAACUGACCCCCGUAGUAGUUGUCUGGUUGACUUGCUUAAGGUGGAAUUUUUACUUUUGUGUGGCCUGUACUGUGCUGCACUGUACUGCUGAGCAACCUGGCUUUCCAUUCCUUUAAAAAGGGUCUUAAAAACUAUUUGAAACAAAGGUGACAGGACAGGAAGGUCUAGCCAGCCAGCUAGCACGCAUGGCAAUGGCAAUCUAACCUUCACUAAAAUGUACGCUGGGUAUACUCGGCAUUCUACCUGUAUGCUGCUACUACUACUCAUGGUAUACUGGCAUUGCUAGACAAAGCAUAUUUGUAACAUUUCAUUUCUCGCUUUUUUCCAAGAGACAAAGCAGGGCACCCAGAGUUACACAGUAAUUUCCAUUUGUGUUCCAGGCAGAGCUGUCUGAUUAUUGUAUGUGUGUGAGUCUCUGUGGGUGUAGGUGGGGGAAAGAGUACCCAUGGUUUUUCAAAGAAAGGAAACGUGGCAGCAUCCUUAACAUCAAAGUUGCACCAUACUAAUAGCUAGAACUGUUUAGAAGGAAACUUAGUUGAGUACUGGGGUGCUAAGGAAUUCUGCAGCAGGCUGUCUGUGUGGCUCUAUAACCUCUCAAGAGACCACAUUUUUUAAAAGCCAGUAAUGAAUGACACUUGAUUAAUAGUGACAAUAUUACAUUUUUUUUGCACAUCUCUAAUGACUACUAUAGUUCUGGGGUGGGAUUAAAGUCAAUGCAGAUAGCUAGAAAAGGACAGCCUCUUUCCCUCAACUCAUUCAGAAUAUACACAAUCCUGUAUGUUUUGCUGAAAGAACAGUCAUUAAAACUACCCAGAAAAGGGAGCUGAGAAGUUGCUAGCGAUCCUACCCCCACACCACUGAAGAGAAUGUAUUGAUUCAGAGUGACAUUCCAGCUUAAACUUGUGAGAUAAAUAAAUCCCUGAUAAAUUGUAAAUGAAAACGUAUUUGUUUUUUGUUUUUGUGCAUCAGCGUUGUUUUCUUAAGUGUACAAAACAAAUGUGGCAGCAUUUCUCUUACAAUCACUGUUGAAUGUAUUCAUGGGAAGCCUGCAUUCCCUUCUCUGUUCAUAGCAGUUCUGUUGUGGUGUAUUUUGUUUUUUAAACCUGAAGAGAAAUGUUUACAUUGUAUGUGAAAAAAGAAGAAAAAAAAACCUCCUUAUUGAUGUUGUUUUUUAGUUUUUUUUUUAGUUUUAUUUUUUUUUGUGUUUUGUAAAAAUUUCACCUGAAGCUCCAGUCUUGACGUCUGGAAGUACAAGCUUGAAGAUCUCAAAAAAACAAAACCACAAAAGAAAUGUCAAAAACUUUGCACAUAUUUAUAUUUAUACAAUAUUUCAAUAAUUUAUAAUAAAAGAGCACUAUUUUUUAAAGAAA